AUGGAGCCGUGGAAGCUCACAGCAUCUGAAGCUUUUGCUCAGAUCCAAGCCGACAAGCUCUCAGUCCAAGAGUAUGCGAAAUCGCUCCUUGAGAGAAUCGACGAGCGAGAUAAAGAUGUCCAAGCGUGGGCAUAUCUCGACGAAGAGAUCAUAAUGCAGCAAGCCAAGAGUCUAGACGAGGUCCCCAAGAAGAAUAGAGGGCCUCUUCAUGGUCUUCCAAUCGCUGUAAAGGAUGUCAUCUACACCAAGGGUAAGCCUCAAAAACGAUACGAUAUGAAUGGAGCUUACUGUGGCACAGACAUGCCAACUCAGUUCAACUCACCGUUAUACGAUGGGCACUUCCCUGAGACAGAUGCCGCUUCUAUCCGAAUCCUUCGUCAUGCUGGUGCUCUCAUCUUUGGUAUUGAACCUUUCGUCAUUUUCGCUGCGAUUCACAUCGGCCCCAAGACUCACAACCCUCAUGAUCUUAUUCGAACUCCUGGGGGUUCCUCUAGUGGCUCUGGGGCAGCUGUUGCCGACUUCCAAGUCCCUAUAGCACUUGGAACACAAACGGGUGGCUCUUUGAUACGCCCAGCGUCCUUCAACGGCAUCUAUGGGUUCAAGCCAACAUGGAACGCCAUCUCUCGCGAGGGCCAGAAGAUCUAUGCCCUGAUGUACGACACUCUGGGGUGGUAUGGGCGUUGUAUCGAGGACAUCAUACUCCUAGCCGAUAUCUUUGCUCUUGAAGACGACGAGGAUGAAGAGUCUAGCUUUCAGGGAAUCGAAGGCGCACGCUUUGCUAUUUGUAAAACCAUUGUCUGGCCGAUGGCUGGGCCUGGUACUCAAGAAGCAAUCUCGCGAGCUGCAGAUCUACUGAGAUCCCACGGUGCGACUGUAGAAGAGCUUGCUCUCCCCUCUGAAUUUGAUAAUCUGCCAGAAUGGUAUCGAAUUGGUCUUCACACCGAGGGUCGGGCCACAUUUCUACCCGAGUACCGCGUUGGUAAGGACCAUAUGGGCCAAGUGUUGAUUGAGCACGUUGAAAACGUCGAUAACUUCAGUCGCAAGACGCAGCUGAAGGCUUCCGACAGCAUGGCUCGUUUGAGGCCAGUCUUUGACGAGAUAGCUUCGCAGUAUGCGGCUAUUAUCACUCCGAGUGUUCCUGAUGAAGCCCCUGUUGGUAUUGAGAGCACAGGUAGUCACAUCUUUUGCUCCAUGUGGAGUGGUCUACAUACCCCUGUACUCAACGUUCCGGGCUUCAAGGGAGAACACGACAUGCCUGUUGGCUUGUCCCUGGUAGCACCUCGAUACCGUGACCGCCAUCUCCUCGAGGUCGGCAAAGCCGUCGGCGAGAUAUUCGAGGCCGAAGGAGGUUGGGAGACGAAAUUGCCGUAA